AUGGCGCGGUCGCGCGGCCUGGGCCGCAUCCCCGAGCUGCAGCUGGCGGCCUUCCCGGCGGCGGCGGCGGCGGCGGCCGAAGACGAGGCGUUCCUGCCCGAGCCCCCGGCUCCGCGCGCGCCCCGCCGCCCACGAUCGCCACCCUCCUCGCCCGUCUUCUUCGCCAGCCCGUCCCCAACUUUCCGCAGGCGACUUCGGCUUCUCCGCGGCUUUCAGGAUUUCGGCCGCCAGGCGUGGGCCGGCUUCGAGGCAGAGAAUGGGCCAACGCCAUCACCCGGCCGCAGCCCCCUGGACUCGCAGGCGAGCCCAGGGCUCGUGUUGCAUGCCGGGGUGGCCACCAGCCAGCGCCGGGAGUCCUUCCUCUACCGUUCAGACAGCGACUAUGACAUGUCACCGAAGAACAUGUCCCGGAACUCGUCGGUCACCAGCGAGGCGCACGCCGAGGAUCUCAUUGUAACACCGUUUGCCCAGGUGUUGGCCAGUCUCCGGAGCGUUCGCAGCAACUUCUCACUCCUGACCAAUGUGCCCAUUCCCAGCAACAAGCGGUCCCCGCUGGGCGGCCCACCCCCAGUCUGCAAGGCCACGCUGUCAGAGGAGACAUGCCAGCAGUUGGCCCGGGAAACUCUGGAGGAGCUGGACUGGUGUCUGGAGCAACUGGAGACCAUGCAGACCUACCGCUCUGUCAGCGAGAUGGCCUCACACAAGUUCAAGAGGAUGCUGAACCGUGAACUCACACACUUGUCAGAAAUGAGCAGGUCAGGAAACCAGGUCUCAGAGUACAUUUCUACAACAUUCCUGGACAAACAGAAUGAAGUGGAGAUUCCAUCACCCACGAUGAAGGAGCGAGAAAAACAGCAAGCACCACGGCAGAGACCUUCCCAGCAGCCUCCGCCCCCCAUGCCGCAGUUCCAGCCCAUGUCUCAGAUCACAGGGGUGAAAAAGUUGACACGCAGCAGCAGCUUGAACGACUCCAGCAUCCCUCGCUUUGGGGUGAAGACUGACCAGGAAGAAUUGCUGGCCCAAGAACUGGAGAACCUGCACAAGUGGGGCCUGAACAUCUUUUGCGUGUCGGAUUACGCUGGAGGCCGCUCCCUUAGCUGCAUCAUGUAUACGAUAUUCCAGGAGCGAGACCUGCUGAAGAAGUUCCGCAUCCCUGUGGACACAAUGGUGACAUAUAUGCUGACGCUGGAGGACCACUACCAUGCCGACGUGGCCUACCACAACAGCCUGCACGCGGCCGAUGUGCUGCAGUCCACCCACGUGCUGCUGGCCACGCCUGCGCUGGACGCCGUGUUCACCGACCUGGAGAUUCUUGCCGCCCUCUUCGCGGCUGCCAUCCACGAUGUAGACCACCCUGGGGUCUCCAACCAGUUCCUCAUCAACACUAAUUCGGAGCUGGCCCUUAUGUACAACGACGAGUCGGUGCUCGAGAAUCACCAUUUGGCCGUGGGCUUCAAGCUGCUGCAGGAGGACAACUGCGACAUCUUCCAGAACCUCAGCAAGCGCCAGCGGCAGAGCCUGCGCAAGAUGGUCAUCGACAUGGUGCUGGCCACGGACAUGUCCAAGCACAUGACCCUCCUGGCUGACCUGAAGACCAUGGUGGAGACCAAGAAAGUGACUAGCUCGGGGGUCCUCCUGCUGGACAACUACUCUGAUCGCAUCCAGGUCCUACGGAACAUGGUGCACUGCGCGGACCUCAGCAACCCCACCAAGCCACUGGAGCUGUACCGCCAAUGGACAGACCGCAUCAUGGCCGAGUUCUUCCAGCAGGGUGACCGUGAGCGUGAGCGUGGCAUGGAAAUCAGCCCCAUGUGCGACAAACACACGGCCUCUGUGGAGAAGUCUCAGGUGGGUUUUAUCGACUACAUUGUGCACCCGUUGUGGGAGACGUGGGCGGACCUCGUCCACCCGGAUGCACAGGAGAUCCUGGACACGUUGGAAGACAACCGGGACUGGUACUACAGUGCCAUUCGCCAGAGCCCAUCGCCACCACCAGAGGAGGAGCCAGGGGGGGCAGGCCACCCACCCCCACCUGAUAAGUUCCAGUUUGAGCUGACGCUGGAGGAAGAAGAGGAGGAGGAGGUGUCCACAGCCCAGAUACCAUGCAUGGCCCAGGAUGUAUGGAAAGUGCGAGGACUGUCCACGGCCAAGGAGGCCAGGGCCCAGGAGCCAUGCCUAGCUGAGGCACCGUUCAAGGUCAAAGGCGAGGAUGAGUCCACGUCCCAAGAGGAGUCCAUGGAUGCCGUAAGCUGCAGCAGCCCCCCUGCCCUGUCUCCUGAAAGCCCCUAUCUGCCUGCCUUGAGGACCCCAUCCAUUCCAGAAGAGGCCCCGGGCCUCCUGGGCCUCCCCUCCACGGCGGCGGAGGUGGGGGCCCACAGACAGCAUCAGGCUGCCAAGAGGGCUUGCUGCGCCUGCACAGGGACGUCAGGGGAGGACCCACUGGCCCUCCCGGGUUCUGGUGGGUGGGGGUCAGGCGGAGACCCCACCUGAGCCCCAGCCCCGUCAUCCCAUCACCCUCCCCGCUCCCCUCCCCCACCAUCCGCCCCAGCCCACCUCCUCUGCUGCCUCAAAGACUCUUGGCCCUCCUGAGAAAAAAGAAAACAGAAAAGUGGGGUUUUUUCUCUUUUCUUUUUUUCCCCUUUCCCCCUGCCCCCACCCAUGGGGCCUUUUUUUGGAGGUGGGGGCUGGGAAAUGAGGGGCUGAGGUCCCAGAAGGGAUUUUAUUUUUUGAAUUUUAAUUGUAACGUUUUUAGAAAAAAGAAAAAAAAAAAAAAAAGAUGAAACACAGCAA